GUCUUUCGUGUCGUUCGGGUUCGAAAGUUGGAUUGUAGUUCGCGAAUCAGCCUUCAUUGAUGGGCAGCUUUGCUUUGAGAGAAUCAAAGGGCGACGCAGUUCCAUUGUCUCACUAGGAGAUAGGUUUUUGAUAUUUUUGAGGUUUGAUCCUUGAGAUUCGGUGUGUGGUUUAUUUGAGGUAAAGUGAGGCUGUUGAAUCCUGUAAGAAAUCUACGGGUGUUGUCGAGUGUUCCCGGGGCUAAGUUGGUUCUGCAGCUUAAAGAAAUCUUGUCGAGUUAUCGAUUUUGAUGGUUCCAGUUCCAGGCGUAUUGGUGGUUGGAAAACUUCCAAACCAAGGCCGCAAAUUGUCGUAAAUUAAAAAUUGAACCAUAGCUUGCUUUAUGGAACCCAUCUUCUCUCGACGAGUGCGAUCAUAAAGUGCAGAAAACCUUCGGCAAACUCGAAAGGCCAUUUGUGAUGAUAUAAGAGGCUUGGGAAAGCAACCCCCGGAGAUGAAAUGGAAGCUGCCAAGAUGAAGUGGUAACCUUACGGGCGACCAUCGACCAUAGUAAGACGGAAAGAAAAUCGAUCCGCAACAAACCAAUUGGAAAACGAGAAGGAUAUAUUCUAUGUCCCUGUCCUGUUCCUUCGCAUGGCUUCGCUGUCCCUAUAGCGACCGCCUAAAGAGUUAAACAACGUGUUCUAGUGUGUGUUGUUGGAAUAUACACGAAAAAAAUACGUCACAUUGCAUGCAUGCUGGCAGGCAACGUGUUCAAUCGUAUUGGUGGCUACUAGAAUGUGAAAAAGAAGAAGAGCGUAUGUUUUGGUAAAGAAGGUCAUCAGAUUGUAUUUUUUUCGCUUCGAGCUGUAUACGUCCACAUUCUGCGGAACGUGUGGACCUGAAGUCGCGUUUAGUGAAUCUAUUAUUUUCAAGUUUUGAUCCUUUCUGCAAACCGUGUUUCCUUUAAUUUUUCCUUUCUGAUUCCUCCUAAAAAAUCAGUGGGGUAAUAUAAUUAUUUCACAAAUAUCUAUCUCGUGAUAACACAAAAAAAAACUGGCGACCAAAAAAUGGUUUCCAACAAAUGAUAUCGCGUGAACGUCACACGAGCGCAGAAGAAAAGAAAAAUCCACUCGCCAAAUUGCCAAAGCAAUCAUUAGAAGAUAUUGUGCAAUCGGAAUCUCCUCGGGGGCAAUUCACAAUGAGCAGCAACGAGAAAGCCAAUGGCCUCGCGGCCCCAGAUGCCACCGCAAGCCAUGGCAACAAAUCACAUCUGCAGCAACAGCAGGAUGCUGGUGGUCCAUCGACAUCCACCAGCUGUGAUGCUGUGCCCGUGACACCCCAGGCAAAACCUAAACCGGGCCAGAACGAUAGCCUGCAGCAACAGUGGAGCCGUUUCGCGGAUUAUUUUGUCAUCUGCGGGCUGGAUUUGGACUCUGGCCUUGAACCUGAUCUUUUUGCAGGUGACUCGCUGCACUGUUCCCCGCUGGAUCGAGCCUACAAAAGCAAGCCGCUAGCCCACUAUCCGGAGCAUGUCGCCUGGAACCCGUUCGAUUCGCACGGCAUCUGUAUGCUUUCGUUGCCGCAGGGAUUGCGUUUCCGAACGCAGAAACACAACAUCGAGCCGCGCUUCCAUGCGUUUGCCACGACCCGGGAAGAUGGCAAACGUUGCUACGGCUUCAGUUUGGUGUUCUACGAGGAGGUCCGGAAUCGGCAGAUCUGCAGUGCCAUGCAUACGCUCCAGUCGAUGUUCAUUACCGAAAUCUCUAGCUCCCAGCAGCCUCCGCCAGGAACCCUGAGGCGGGUUAAGGAAAGUCCGGUCAGCAGGUCGCUGCCGAGGCACUUCAAGAUCGCCGCCCAGGCUCCGGCGUCGGCGCUCAGCUACUAUGACAUCGCCAAGGAUAAGUUGUACGUUGCCAAAAGCAUUUCGCUGGUCUGCCAGGUUCCGUACGCCCAUGUGGCGGAACUGUUUCUUCGGAAUCUCUACAAGUGUCUUCCUCGUCAUCCUGGAUCUCGGUUGAGUCUGGAAAGCUACGUGUACAAUAUCCUGUACGAGGUCUGCACACCACCUCCGGGCAAAAGCAUCCGAAUUUAUAUACCGCCGGAGCACCCACACCAACCCUCCAUCGCCACCAUUCUCCAGCGUCCUGCCUUAAAAGAUGAACUUCCCUUUAUGGACUUUCCGCUGCGACUCUUAUUUACCUAUCUAAGCGUAGACUGCGUAAUCCAACUCUUCACAUGCGUUCUGUUAGAGAACCAGGUUCUACUGCGUUCCGUCGACUAUCAGAAGCUUACAAUCAUAGCCGAAUGUAUCACCUCCCUGCUGUUCCCCUUCCAAUGGCAGCACGUUUAUGCUCCAAUCCUUCCGGCUUCCUUACACCACUUCCUGGACGCCCCGGUGCCAUACGUUAUGGGUCUCCAUUCUGAUUCGGACAACGGUGUGCGAAUCGCAAGCGAAGCCAAUCUCUGCUACGUGGACAUUGACAAAAAGUCCGUACAGCUACCGGAAGAGCUACCCGCUUUUCCACACCGACAUGACUUUAUAGCGGAAAUUACGGCCGCCCUCGACAAGUACCAAGUACCUCGUGAUAGAUCCCUGGAUCCACCGACAAUCCUCAGUCCAAAGAAUCUCCUCAAAGACCAUGACAUGAUGACUGCCAGCUGUACGCUUCCCUCGGGGAUGCACGUGCGCCGGAAGCACUCGCUGCACGAUGUGCUCGACUGGGAUCGACCGAACUCACCGGACAUUCCGCUACCUCCGACGGCCGUCCCACCCAGACCGGACGUCCGGCAGCGGAUCGUGGAUAUCGUGCGGCGAAGUGGCGGCGAUGAGGUCGAUUCUACCAACACCAAUGAUGUGAUGCCUAGCACAAAGCAGAAGCAGCCGCUCAGCACCCUGGAGCAAUACUACGAAGAUCUGAGACUGAACAACUCCAUCCGGGAAAUCUUCCUGAACCGGUUCGUGCAGAUGUUUGCCGCGUACGAACAAUUUGUGAUCCUUCCCAAUCAGGACAAAGAAGACUGGCUUAGCAAUCGUGAAUCUCUGCACAACUUCGACAAGGCUUCGUUCCUGUCCGAUCAACCUCAGCACCAUCGGCCGUUCCUGUCCCAAUUUCUCGAAAGUCAGAUGUUUGUUACGUUGAUCGAUAACAAAAUUAUGCUCUCGUGGAGUGAUGAAUCGUCAAACGGUGGCCACAGCAUGGUCGGCAAUUCCCUGGACAGCAUGAACGGAGACGUGGAGUACAAUCUCAAACUGUUCGACAAUCGAAUUCGGAUAUUGAAAAAACGUUACGGCGGGGAAAGCAUGAUUCGGACGGCUAACUACGAACCCUGCAUUCUGGCCCGGGAAACGCAAAAGCUGCUGGACAAACGGCUCAACAGUGUCGAUAUGGAAGUCGCUCCGCCAAGUGAGAUCCUAGACAAGCGAGCUCCCUACUACCGGAGCUUUCCGCUGCUGGAGAAGUCGGUCCUGAAUCAGGAGAGCGCCUCGAGAGGUAACAGCUUACGGCGAGUGAAGAACGGCUCCAAAUGGAAGGUGAAAGAGAUUCCGCUGGACGGUGGCAACAAGGAGAACGACGGCGGUGGCAACAAAUCGAACCGAAACUCGGCCAACCUAUCCGGGACGGAGAUCAGCCCAGCUGUAUUGGCACAAGCCAACUGGACCUUCGUGGAGAAGUUGUUGAAGGACUGCAAGAGCAAAACCAAACGUAUGCUGCUGGAAAAGAUGGGAACCGAAGCCAUUGAGCUGGGACUGAGUGGUGAAGCAUCGGUAACCGGAGUUGAGGAAGCAACCCUUAUAGCGUCUCUGUGCGAUCUGCUCGAGAAAGUUUGGUCACACGGGCUCGUCAAUAAGCAAGGUAAAUCGGCCCUGUGGACCCACCUGACCGGCUAUCUCGAAAUCAAGGACUGUCAAAAUCCGAGCAAACAGAGCGAAAGCAACUACCUUACACCGGCCUUGGCGUGGACAGUAAUGCGGAAACGGAUGGAUUAUUUAUCAUCGUUGGCUAUUGAACCGGAGAUGCCGUCAUCACCAACGCGAGGUCGAUCCAAGUCACGUGAUCGCAAAAGUUUGGGACCUGAACAGCUACGACCGCUACCUGAGUCGCUUGAAUUUGAUAUAAGAAACAUUUUGGCCAUGACGGACAUCAAGACCCACAUCGGAUACGCCCGAGCUUGGGUCCGCUUAGCGCUAGAGAAGAAACUGCUGUCCCGGCAUCUGCGCUCGCUACUUUCCGACACCGCCCUGCUGCGACAACUCUACAAGCGUUCCGCAUUCGUGCGUUGCGACGAUGAGGUGGAACAGUUCCUGUACCACUUGCUAACUCUAAACGCCGUGGAUUACUUCUGCUUCACCAACACCUACCCGACGAGCAAACUACCCUACAGGGUGGUUGUAUUUCCCUCCAAGAAGGGUAGUGCGGCGACGACUUCGGCCAACGUUUGGAUUGCCAUCUCGGGAACACUGGGCGAAACGCAAACUAUCAACGUUCCAAGACACUCGUUGGAAUUUGUGUUCCAUCACAAGAAUCUCGGUGUGCUAACCUCGUUGAGACUAGGCCACGACGACUCGGGAAUGUCCUCCAAGUGGCUGGUAGAACACGUGGUAGUACGAAAUGAAGUCAGCGGACACACAUUCAAGUUCCCCUGCGGUCGUUGGCUUGGUCGCGGGAUCGAUGAUGGGUCCAUCGAACGGUUGCUGAUCGGUCAGCUUGUACCCCGUACUGUUGACAGCGAAGAGCUGGUAGAAGCCUGCCGGACUCCUCCUAGGACUCGAAGUCCCAGCAUACAGCGACCGGAAGUUCGUCCCUCCGACAUUCAACAUAUGCUCGGGGAUUGUGUGAAUGCCAUCGUCAAGUGGCACUAUCGGCCGAGCCGUGAACGGGAUGCCAGCUCACUGACGAAUCUACUGUGCGGUGAAAAUGGUCUAGUCAAGUGUUUGGAACAGGCAUUCCUGUGCGGCUUCCGGUCCCAGCGACUGUUCGGUAGGAAUCUGUACUUGUGGGACUAUUUUGUGCGGGUCAAGGAACAGUUCGAGCAAAGUCUGGUCGAAGAAUCGGUUGAUAUGGUACGUGGAGGAGGAUCCGUAUGCAAUUCUCCACCCACCAGUGGUUCUAGUCCGGAAUCUCCCCCGCAGACGACUUCAGCGACCAAUCAGACGCCUGUUGUUAGGCAGGAACUAUCGGCCGUCUGGCGAUGCUACUGUCAUUUGAUGGACGAGAUCAACAACGUUAAGCAGACCCUCGGCAAGGAUGGUCGUUUCCAGUUGUUCAUCUGCUUGAGCUUGCGGGAGCACCUUCUCCACCGUAUGCUAGUCCCGAUGGCGUACACCCGAGUCACGACCGAAAUGUACGAAGAGCAGAGCUUCAUGCGCAAGAAGGGCUUGUUAACCUUUUUGCGCCAAAUCUUGGAACCGUUGGAUGAAUUUCACAUUGUGCUCGAGAACUCGAUUACCCAAGGUAUCGGAUCUCACUGUUAAAAUUAAGGGUUAGUAGGGUCAGUAGUAGUUUUGUGUCAGUUGCAAUGAACUGAUUUGUGGGAAUAUGGUUUAAGCCAUUCGUUGUAAACGUGUAAUACUCAUAUACCGUAUAGCUUUUAGGGAUUAACUCUUGUCAAACUCUUGUUUAUUUGUUUCAUUAGAUCAGACAUUACUGUUAGGGUGAGCGUCCUAGUUAAUUUUUCUAUCGAUAACUCGAAUGAAAAUACUUCAACAGGAUGACUACAAAUGUACUGAACAGCAACUGAAUAAUCGAAAUCAAUGGCCAAAGAUUAAAAGAGCAAUGUUUUUGUUCCUGAGAUGUUAUUCAUAUUCAUUUGUUUCUUUGAUUUUUUUUUACAUUAUAGUGUUACUUAUGUGAUUUUUUAGUUGUACCUAUUUGUUAUAACUUCUUGUAGCAUUACGUUAUAACAGUCCCAAAUGUUUUGUUCCUUCAACGUUAUAUAUUAUUAUGGAAACACAAUUUGUGCCAAAAUAAAACCCAUUCGAAAGAAAAAUAAAACGAUAUUCCAAAUUUUCUGCAACAAGGCUAAGGAAAAAGCUUAGGAAAUUGUAGAGAAGAACAGCAUUAUAUACUAAGCCACAUGAUCAAGAAAGUGUUUUUAAUCGAUGAUAGGAAAAUCUCAAUGGUUGAAUGUGUGAUAAUAAGAUCUAAUUCAAGCUUAAGCUAUCAAAUGACACAGGAUAACUUGAUUUAGAUUAAUCAUUUGCUUAUUUACACAGGAUAUGAUAAUUUGCCGGAAUUCCAAUCAAUCGUACUCAAAGUAAACUUUAAGAUAUUAUCGAGGUUUCUAUAAUUUAUUGAAAAUGUUUCACUCGUAUUCUAAAGUUCCCUAUGGUAACGCAGAAGUUGUAGAGGAAGUUGAUCGUAAAAAAUCGUAACUGCUCCCUAACUUGCGUUGUUCAGCCCUCCCCUAGUGGAAAUUAUGCCGUCUAACUGAAAAUCCAACAAGCAUAUGAAUUUAAAAACAAAUAAAUCAACAAUAUAUCAGUAGAUUAGUAGGAUCCUUCAGAAAAUAUCCAAAAUUAGCUAUUACGGAGAUAUAAAAAAAUGAUCAGUCAAAUGUAGCGAUUAAGUUCUGAUGUAUUCAAGCAUUUUCUUCUGAAAAUCAUUGCGAUUAUGUAUGUUCAUCUGUGUGCGCUCUCAAGCGCUGCUAAGUCACCCAAAGCAAGGCAUACUUUGAGUGAUACUCAUAAGUGAACAAGUUAAAUAUAUUUUCCUUACGGACAGGCGGGGCAACUAAAAGGAUGACUAAACAUCAAUAAAAGCCAAACUGGAUUCCAUGUAAAACAAA